AUGCUAGAUAAAGAUGCCGAAUUAGAUUAUUGUAAUUAUAAAGUAGAUAAAAUAAUAAAUAAUUUAGAACAAUUUUUAUCAAAUAUAAUUAAUUAUAUAGAAAAUUUAGAUCUAGAUAAUCGAAAUAACUUAUCAACUACUUCACUUUUAGAAUUUUUCAAUCCUCGAUUAAUUCAAAAUAUAAUUAAACUUGAUAUUUGGCAUUUUAGAAAUAGAAUAGAUAUAAAAGCUAA